AUGAAGGCAACUGCAUCCCUUCUUGCCCUCGCCGGCACUGCUCUGGCAACACCCCACGGGGGCUGGGGAGGAAAUCAAGGUGGAAACCAGGGAGGUCCGGGAGCUGAACAGUCAAGCUACGCUGCUGCCGCCCAGUCGGCCUAUGACAAUGGCCAAGUUGGCCCUGGUAACUGGGGUCCCGGACAAGGCGGCGACCACGGAGGCCACGGCCCUGGCGGUGGCGAAGAGGGAGGCUUCGGACACGGCCACGGCCACGGAGACUGGGGCCCUGGUGGCCAGAACGGCCAGGGAGGUCCCAGUGGUGCUCCGAGCGACUGGCAAUCAUAUGCCUCUGCCGCUCAAUCCAGCUACUCCUCCCUCUACAGUGGAAGUGCUCCGAGUGACUGGCAAUCGUAUGCCUCUGCCGCUCAAUCCAGCUACUCCUCCCUUUACAGUGGAAGCGCUCCAAGUGACUGGCAGUCAUACGCUUCCGCUGCUCGGUCCAGCUACUCGUCUCUCUAUGGAGGCAGUGCGCCGAGUGACUGGUCCACAUAUGCUGCCGCAGCACAAUCAAGCUACUCUUCCCUCUAUGGUGGAAGCAGUGCAAGCGACUACUCGACAUAUGCCGCUGCCGCUCAGUCAAGCUACUCUUCCCUUUACGCAGGAGGCGUCCCUAGUGCAACCGUGACGGUCACCAGCACCGCCAGUGCCUCAUAUAGCUCUGCCUCGCCAUCAAGCUCCUCUUCGAGCUCCUCGAGCUACAGUGCAUCGUCUGCCUCGCCAUCGAGCUCCUCUUCGAGCUACUCAAGCUCCUCAUCAGGCUACUCAAGUUCCUCUCCGAGCUACUCAAGCUCCUCCAGCUACAGUGCAUCGUCUGCUUCGCCAUCGAGCUCCUCUUCGAGCUACUCUUCCUCAAGCUACAGCGCAUCAUCCGCAUCGCCAUCGAGCUCCUCUUCGAGCUACUCUUCCUCGAGCUACAGCGCAUCGUCUGCCUCGCCAUCAAGCUCUUCGAGCUACAGCGCUUCUCAAGCCUCCAGCUCUGCUUCUCAGUCUUCGUACAGCUCUGCUUCUGCUUCGAGCUACGCUUCGGCCGCUCAGUCUAGCUACUCAUCGCUGUAUAGCGCAAGCUCAGCAAGUGAUUCGUCGGCCUCUGCCGCUGCUUCGCAAUCUGCCUCAGCUUAUUCAUCGAACUCGGCCUCUCAGUCGAGCUAUAGCGCAGCCUCCCCGUCAAACAGUGCAUCUCAGUCAUACAACUCUGCUUCUAUAUCAAGCUACUCUGCUGCCGCUGCUUCAAUCUACUCGUCUCUCAGUGCAUCAGUCACCCCUGCCUCCUCUUCGGCUGGCUACAUUGCUGGAGGAGCAGGAAGCCUGGGAGCUGACCAGGCCAGCUAUGGUGCCACUACUUCAUCUGCCAUCCUCGCUGGUGGUAGUGGGGAAGGCGGUGAGGCAAAGAGCAACGAGGCCCCGGCACAGUCACAGGGUUCGGCUCAAGCCGCCCCCGCUGAGUCCGGCCAUGCUGAGGAGUCCCAUGCCUCAAGCAACGCCGCCCCUGCUGAGACUGGCCAUGCUGAGGAGUCCCAUGCCUCAAGCAACGCCGCCCCCGCCGAGACCGGUCAUGCUGAGGAGUCUCACGCCUCAAAAUCCCACGCUUCAAGCUACUCUGCUCCUGUUGAGACUGGCCACGCCGAAGAAUCUCACGCUUCGAGCUACUCUGCCCCCGCUCAGAGUGGCUAUGCACAAGAAUCUCACGCCUCGAGCUACUCAGCUCCAGCAGUAUCCAAGACAGAAAGCCAUGCUCAAGAGUCCCAUGCUUCAAGCUAUUCGGCUCCCGUAGAGUCCAAGACAGAAAGCCACUCUGCUGCUGAGCAGUCGGGUUACCCGGCCAAGGAGACGAAGUCUGAAGCCAAGGCAUCAAGCUAUUCUGCUCCUGAGAUCUCCAAGGCUUCAAGCUACUCCGCCCCUGAGCAAUCAGUCUACUCUCACUCAUCAGAAACCAAGUCUGAAGCCAAGGCGUCAAGCUACGCUGCCCCCAAGGAGUCCAAGGUUAGCUACGCCUCCGAGAGCAAGGUCGAGUCCAAGACAUCGGAGUACCAGUCAGCGUACCAGGCACCGAAGACGUCCGAGUACCAGUCAGCAUACCAAGCACCAAAGUCUUCCGAAUACCAGUCAGCAUACCAAGCACCAAAGUCUUCCGAAUACCAAUCGGUCUACCAGGCACCAAAGUCUUCCGAAUACCAGUCAGCAUACCAAGCACCAAAGUCUUCCGAAUACCAAUCGGUCUACCAAGCACCAAAGUCUUCCGAAUACCAAUCGGUCUACCAGGCACCAAAGUCUUCCGAGUACCAAUCGGUCUACCAAGCACCAAAGUCUUCCGAGUACCAGUCAGCAUACCAAGCACCAAAGUCUUCCGAAUACCAAUCGGUCUACCAGGCACCAAAAUCAUCCGAGUACAAGCAGUCAGUAUACCCCACCUCGACAUUUGCGAGCUACGCCAGCGCGGAGACUGGAACUUACAGUAAGGCUGCUUCGACGUACAAUGUCUACGAAACCAGCAGCGCCGAAGCCAAGUCCAGUGAAUAUCAGGCUCCAUAUCAGGCUCCGUACCAGGUUGCCCAGUCGAGCGAGUACCAGGCUACAUACCAAGCUCCUCAGUCCAGUGAAUACCAGGCCACAUACCAAGCUCCUCAGUCCAGUGAAUACCAGGCUCCAUACCAGGUCGCCCAGUCGAGCGAGUACCAGGCUACAUAUCAAGCUCCUCAGACCAGUCAGUACCAGGCUCCAUACCAGGUUGCCCAGUCGAGCGAGUACCAGGCUACAUACCAAGCUCCUCAGUCCAGUGAAUACCAGGCUACAUACCAAGCUCCUCAGUCCAGUGAAUACCAGGCUCCAUACCAGGUUGCCCAGUCGAGCGAAUACCAGGCUACAUACCAAGCUCCUCAGUCAAGCGAGUAUUCGGCUGUCAGCCCCGUGUCCCAGACCCAGAUCAUUCAAGGUGUUACAGUAGUGAACACUAAUGCUGCUACGGCGCCUGUUGAGAGUGCUGCUGCUCCUACCGGUACUGCCUACGCUCAGUACACCGUGACGGAGAGAGUCUCUACUCAGGUCUACGCCACCGAAGUUUACCCCGAGACGACGUACACCACUGUCAGCCAGGGUGUUACCGUUUGCAUCACUCAGACCGGUUAUCAGACAGUCCAGGCCACUAGGCUGGUCACCGAGACCCAAACCGUUCCGGUCACCUGCUACGAGGAGUGCGUGGCUUACGCCUCACAGGAAGCCCCCAAGCAGACUUAUAGCAACGCCGCUGUUUCCCAGCAGGCUCCUCAACAGACAUACUCAGCCGAAGCUCCCAAGGAGACAUACAGCAAUGCUGCUGCCUCUCAGCAAGCUCCCCAAGAGACCUACAGCAAUGCUGCUGCCUCUCAGCAAGCUCCCCAAGAGACCUACAGCAACGCUGCUGCCUCCCAGCAGGCUCCCCAAGAGACCUAUAGCAACGCUGCUGCCUCCCAGCAGGCUCCUCAACAAACCUACUCUGCUGAGGCUCCUAAGGAGACCUAUAGUAACUCGGCCGCCCAGGCUCCCACAACUGUGCACACUUCUGUUAGCCCGAGCAAGUCUGCCGAGGCUACUGCUGCCGUCAGCACUGUCGCUGCCGGUCGGGCACCACGCGCCACCAAGGCUGCCGGCGCCAUGCUUGCUGGACUUGUGGCACUUGUGGCUGCGCUUUUGUGA